UGUAAUCAUGGCUGCCGGAGAAGAACUUUUAUCACUGAUAGACAGGGAAAUCCCUGAUGGAAGAAAAAGUCUCCAAGAAAGCUAUAUGAAUUUAGAAAAUGUUGCAAAAUAUUGUGAAGAUAACUACCUUAAAGCUCUUAAGACAAAUCCUAAUGCUACUGCUCAAGCUCUGCAGGACACCAAAAAUUAUACAACACAUUCACUAGCCAGUGUGGCAUAUCAAAUAAACAACCUGGCCACAAAUUUCUUGAAGCUGUUAGAUUUACAGCAGAGUCAGCUCACUGACAUGGAAUCUAGUGUCAAUCAUCUAAAUCAGAUUGUCAUGAUUCACAAAGAAAAAGUAGCCAGAAGAGAAAUAGGUGUACUCACAGCAGGUAGAAAUGUUCCGAGGCCAAUUGGAAUGAAAAACGGAAUAAUAUACCCAGAACAAACAGAGCGGCCAAUCAAAUAUACAAGAAAAUCCAUUGAUUAUACAAUACUUGAUGAUGUUGGACAUGGUGUAAGGCAGCAAGCUAAUACACCAAGAACAGCUAGGAGUCCCUCUGUUAGUAGUACCCACAGUAAUAGCAGUGCUAGUAACAAUAACCAAGCUCCAACAACCAAACCUCCAACACCCCCUGUAUACAGGGCAGGUACAAUAGGUAGAGCAGCAGGUGCCCAGCAAACUAGACCAGUUGCUCCUCCAAUGGCACCACCACAACCUAUUCCAUCUCAGGGUAAUUUUCCACCUUACCCCCAAUCAGGCAGAUCAUCUGUAUCUGCGGGAAGCUCAUAUUCCCCUUCUAAUACGAUGGUAAUGGGUCAGCUUCACUCACCUUCCAUGGGUCAAUCUGUGCCGCCUGGACUAGCCUAUAACCCAUCACCUAAUACUCUUCAUAACAUGACUCGCUCUGCCAAUCCUUCUCUAAUGCAUCCUGAGGCAAAGGCAGCAACUUAUGCACGUAGUAAUUCUAACCGUGGACAAAGCUGGAUUGACACAUCCACCACUUCCUUGCCCCCACCUCCACCAGAUGAUGAUUUCCCUGAGCCAUUUAUGGGGUUUGAAGCUCAAUCACCUUUGCCUGCUCCUCCAUCAAAUGAGCAUUUUGACUAUCCUGCACCUCCACCGCAAGACUUCAGCGAUGUGCGAGAGGGUCCACCUAGCUCGAGGCCGGGGAGAUUGAUUGGAAGUGAACCUGAAGAUACUUACGCAGCGACACAGGCAAUGGAUGACCCGUAUGCUGCAACAGGGCCACAGCUAUUGUCUCAACAGUCAUGGAUUCCUAAGCAUUACUUAGAAAAAGUUGUAGCCAUUUAUGAUUAUUCUGCCACCAAAUCAGAUGAGUUGUCCUUUGCUGAGAAUGCAGUUAUCUAUGUUAUACACAAGAAUGAUGAUGGAUGGUGGGAAGGAGUUAUGGAUGGACAAACUGGCCUUUUCCCAUAUAAUUAUGUUGAACCAUGCAUGUAAAACAAAUUAUUUCCGAUUUUUAACACUAAACUAUUUUCUCAAAAUUCCCUUAUGUGCUAAUAACAUGACUUAGUUUACAAUCAUUAUCCAUGCUGUUUCUUAGUCUAGUACCUUGAAAAAUAACUUAUCUUUUCAUCUUUUAUCUUACACAAAAAAGUUAUUUGCUACUCCAUCUAUGUGGGUUAUUUUCUAUCAAUUUUUUGUUAAUUUAGUCAUACACUAACAAACAUGAAAAUAUUAAUGGAAAAUUUUUUUAAUCAAUUUUUAAAAAAUAAUUUAACAUAAGAAUUUUGUCGCUAAAUAGAGGAAUUUUCUCUUAAUAUUGCACUGCAUGUUUAAGGCGAAUGUUGUAUAAAAAUAAUAGUGCUUCCAAUGCAAUUUCUAGUCGUCUUACAAAUUUCUCUUGACUAAUAGCUGUAAAAUAUAUUAAAAUAUGAAAUAAGCAGCUAGUUAUGUGAAUCUUCUGUACAUAUUAAAACUUUUUUGUUUUAUUUAGUCUAUGUUGUUCAAGUCAAUAAAGAUUCUCUUCUGUACCAAAAGUUUUAAAAUGUUUCCAUUUUAUGUUUUUAUGUAUAUAACAGAAUUUUAAGAUCCCAAAUUUUAAAAAUUAAUGCAUGUUUAAUUGGAAAUGAUAUUACUGAAAAUUAAUACCACUAGAUAUGAAUAACGAGAAUGAUAGUUUUUCCAACCUCAGAUCUGCAAACUUAUAUUUAGUAUAGAAUAUACUGCAAAAAUUUUUCAUAUUGGUUAGAUGACCAAAUACUUAUAAUGAAGGAUAUUUGAUAUGGCACAUGUAUAAAGCAACGGAAGCACACUACUUUUGGCAAAUAUAAUGUCUUGCAUUAUAGAACUUUGGGGUUUUGACAAUAGUUAAUGCCAUCUUGUUAGAUAAUCUGUACUUAGUUCAUAAAUUUGCAAGUCUAUAAUUUGUAGGCCAUUCUCUACUAAUCCAAAUUUGUGGUUGCAUCUUUGAAAAAGGUUAGGUGUCUUUAAAACAAAACAAAAAUCAGUUUAAUAUAUAUUUAUUAAUGAUUGUGUAAAAGUAUUAUAUACAUGACUUUCCAUGUCUACAAGUUUUGGAGUUAAUAAAAUAUUCAUUUUGCUUACUGCUGUGAACAGGCUUUUUCCCCAUUUUCACUUAUUUCUUGGUAAUGUAAAAAGUUUUUAUCUUUAUAAUAGUAAACUGCUUGUAAAUUAUUGAUUACUGUACUAACAUUAUUAAUGUACCGUUUUCAGUAUGAUCAUUAAAGAAGUAGGAUGUAAAUUA